GGAGCGCUGUAGCCCCGAGAGUGGAAAGGGCAGGGAAAGCUCGGCUCCAGCGGAGGGCAGCGAGGAUGAUUGGGAGAGUGGAGCAUCUCUCGUAGGAGCAAAGGCUGCGGGAGCUGGGCCUGAUCGGCUUCGAGAAGAGACAGCUGAGAGGGGACCUCAGUAAUGAGUAUAAGUAUCUAAGAGAAGAGUGCCAGAAGUAUGGACCAGGUUGUGCCCACUGUUUCAGAACUAUAGGACAGGAGGCAAUGGGCAGAAGCUGAUUCACAGAAGUUCCCCCUGACUAUAAGGAAGAAGUUCUUUACUGUGCCUGGCUGCACAUGGAACAGAUUGCCGAGAGAGGCUGAGGAGUGUCCCUCAGUGAGGAUAUUCCAGAACCAUCUGGACACCAUCCAUGUGUUCUGGGAUGACCCUUCUUGAGCAGGGAGCUGGGGCCAGAUGACUCCCUGUGGUCCCAUUGAACCUCACCCAUCCUGGGGUUUUGUGAGCCCCUGCGGAGCUGAAGGGCUGAGGGCCGAGCUUAGCCUUUGGUGUUUCUCUUCACAGGGCCACAAAGAGCAAGCUCAGCUGGUCAGCGUGCGGUCUCUGCAGUACAGAAAGUUCUGGAAGGGUUGGCAGAGACUCCCCAGUGCUCUGUGCAGGGAAUACUGCAGCAAUUAUGACUUGUUUUUCCCUGAUUAUUUGUGCUGGUGAAUUGAGUAGUGGAAAGGCAAUGUGUUGAAGGAAAAACAAUUGCACUUUGGAAAAACAUCAGGAGGCUGAUGCAGAAGCACCAACUGUUCAUGCUGUUGAGAUGUCCUGUAUUCCAUUGUUAAUUGAAUGUUCCAGCUCUGAGGUACAGGGAGCUGCAGAAACAAGGAAUAAUGAUGCUAACUCCAGCUUUUUGGUUCCUCUUUCUGAUGGUGAUGAAAGCAAAGAGUCAAAAUCUGUUCAAAAAAAGAGAGUGCUUCCAUCUUGGAUGCUGGAAGGAGAUCUUGUGGUGCAGAGGGUUUCCAGGCCUGUUAUGACAGGAGGUAGUAGAAAGAAAAAAGGCCAAGGAAGGGGAGAAGGUCAUACAGAGUCAUUAAAAUCAGAAGUACAUGUACAGCCGAAAAAAAUAUUAGCUUCUGAAGAAACUACAGAGGAUUUUGAAGGUGGAGAGCAAGAUCAAGGGAAAAGGAGUUGCCUUUCUAUCCCUGUUCCUUCAUCUCAGAAUACAUCUGGAUUUCCUCUUGAGACUACCAUGAGAGAUAUGGAAGGAAGUGGCGAGAUUGGAACAAAGAACCCUGGAAAUUCUCUGGAAAAAAAUGAUAGGCUGCUGCAUGGCAAGUGGUCUAAAAGAGUAGGUCAGAUUUCCAGUAAAGACAACAGAAUUGAGGAAAGAGAAAACAAAGAGUACGUUGCUGGUUCUACAAGCCGACAAGCUCACUGGGACAGGACUUCACAAUAUCUUGGUGCCCAGGAAGGGAUUCUUGAGCCUGAUGCAAAUCUGGACUACAACACUGAGAUUUCUGAUUCAGCCAGAAGUGCAGAUGCUUCAGAAAGCUCCAAACAGGUACAGCAUAAGAGGAUACCUUGCAAGUAUGGAAGUGGCUGUUACAGGAAGAAUCCCAUUCACUUCCAGCAGUUCAGUCAUCCUAAUGAUGAUGACUAUCACAACACGGAGAUGGUGGCUCAGGAUGACGAUGACAGCCGGCCCGAGUGUCCAUAUGGAACAGCUUGUUAUAGGAAGAACCCCCAGCACAAGCUAGAAUACAAGCACAGUGCACCUCCAGUAGCUGGAAGAAGAACACGGCAACGAGCUUCAAGCAAUGGAAAAAGGGCUGUGAAGAAGGAUGGUGUCAAUGAUGGUGAAGCCAAUGACUGCGACCUCAAUGACCGCUUCACAGACGAGGAGGAGGAGGAGUGCGAACCUACUGAUGAAGACUCAGACUGGGAACCAAGUUCAGAAGAAAAGGAUAACGAAGAUGUUGACACACUUGUGCAAGAAACACGUAGAUUUGUUAGGAUCAAAAAAUAGCUGCUGAGAACAGCCUUA